AUGUUACGAAUUCCCCGACUACCUAUCAACUCCGCGCGGUCAUCAGUGACAACCUCUCUUUUCUCCCCAUCAGCAUCGCCACGCACUUCUAUUUGUAAUGAUCUAGUCGCCAAACGUGUGGUACGCUCGAUAUUCAUCCCCUCCUCUGCCCGAAGGGCCGAGCCUGCGGCGAGUCCAAGUCCAGUCUCGCAGAAGACAACAGUUCCUCCGAAAAGCGCGCCCAACGCCUCCAAUGUGCAGUCGACGAACAGCUUCGAUGACCAGCCACUGGAUACUCAGGCAGACGAUCCGUCUCGAGUUGAUUGGACAAGAUCUUUCCAUGGGCUCUCCACCGAACCAUUUUCCAAAGAAGCUGCCGAUAUUCUGCAGGCGGCUCUCGACCCCGAAGAUAUUGAAAUCAAGCCUGAUGGAAUAGUAUACCUACCGGAGAUAAAAUACAGACGCAUCCUGAACAGGGCAUUUGGCCCGGGAGGUUGGGGACUUGCUCCUAGGGGCGAGACAAUCGUCACCGACAAAUCCGUCACCCGGGAAUAUGCAUUACUGGCCCACGGACGGCUGGUAUCUAUUGCACGCGGGGAGCAGGUGUACUUCAACAAAGACAACAUUCCCAUGGCAUCGGAAGGUUGCAAAUCGAACGCUAUGAUGCGGUGCUGUAAAGAUCUCGGGGUGGCCAGCGAACUCUGGGAUCCUCGUUUCAUACGCAAAUUCAAGGCGGAACAUACCCGUGAAGUAUUUGUCGAGCACCAAGGGACAAAAAAGCGGACCAAGAUAUGGCUUCGCAAGGGCGAUCCGGUGACAUAUCCCUAUGCGGAACUCAAGAAAUGA